GUAAGUACCUAGGUAUGAUGCGCACCUUCUCGAGCUUGUGCCAUUUUACCGGACCUCUGACCUUUGAAGCUCGACAGCCCAUACGUCCAUUUUAGUCCAGCCAGAUCCCCCGCCUGCUCUUCCCGUCCCGAGCAGCCCCAGCACUCAUGUUCCUGCGUCAAUCACUGCGCUCCCUGCGAUCCGCCCCGAGCCCGAGCAGACCAACCCUGAACAACCGGCUGUUCGCAGCCAUGUCGCAACCGGCCGGGAGCUCCGAGUCUGGCGGCCCGGUCGAGCAGGCCAUCCGCUCCAAGCUCGUCGACAAGUUCGGGAGCAACAUCCAGAUCUACAAUGACUCCCACCUGCACAAGCACCACAAGGCCAUGGCCGGCAGCACCUCUGCCGAGACACACUUCCGCCUCGUCAUCGUCUCGGGCGAGUUCGACGGCACCAGGCAGAUCCAGCGCCACCGCAUCGUCAACCAGCUGCUCAAGGAGGAACUCGCCCGCGAGGGGGGCAUACACGCCCUGCAGAUCAAGGCCCUCACGCCAGAGGAGGACGAGAAGAGGGCCGCGCAGGAGUAGCAUAGACACUGACUGCUCUCAUAUCACACAGAGCCACCCCCUGCUUCGCCCCAGUCUUCGUGGCGUUUGCCGAAUCUAGUGCUCGUUACCGACCAUUUUUGGUGCUCAAUACCAACCUGUUUUGAGUGCCUCACAGGCCUGAAUCCGGCACUGAGCCGCAAACUGGGGCCGCCAAGAGACAGCCAGAAGACCGGGUCAUAAUGAGAUACAAUGUCUGCAUUGCUUGUGUCAACUCGCUACCUCUCCACCAUGAUCAACUUAUAAAGCAUCUGGAACCUCUACCAGGCAGGACCCAGAGGCUCACCUGUUGCCAGCGUCACCCUCCAAACCCCCCUCGGUGAUCUUUACCCCAUCUCGAGUCCAUUUCCCAUCUGCUGUCCUUCUGUUGCCAGGUCAAUGGCCCUGGUGCCCAUCAUUUGCAGAGGUCAAGCGUGUAAUGCCAAGCUCGUAGUCAUCGACCACCUCCUCUGCGCGCCGAGACUCCGUAAAGGUCCAGACUCCAGCGGCAUGGACAAUGUCCACACCAUAGAAGCCCAUUUUUUGAAAGAAUUCAGGGCCCAAGCUAUGAAAGCAUCAGCAAGUCUUGAUCCUCCUUCAACAGCAAUGGAUAUGGGCCUGGGUGCUUACAACUCCCUAGUUCUGGUGAUCUCGGCAGUCUGCUCAGGGCGGAGAUUUUCGCCUGGGUCCAGACAGAUCCUCCGGGCCAGCGUCCUGAGGGCCUUGACGAAGGUCAAGCAGUCAUCACGGGACUGUUUCUGCGCCUCUUUGCCUUGGCCUCUGUA